GCGCACUGCGUGAAAAUACGUAACGACGUCUUUGAUUUAGGUUACGUAAGUUCCAGGGAGCAGGAAGUGUGAUGUGGCUUUGACUCACAACAAAAAUGUCGGCCAUUUUCAACUUCCAGUCACUGCUAACCGUGAUUCUCCUCCUGAUCUGUACCUGUGCCUACCUCAGAGCGCUGGCUCCCAGCCUGCUAGACAAGAACAAGACUGGGCUUCUAGGAAUUUUCUGGAAGUGUGCCAGAAUAGGUGAGCGGAAGAGUCCCUGGGUGGCUUGCUGCUGUAUCAUCAUGGCUUUUAGUAUACUGUUUGUACAGUAGCAGUUCAAAGAAAACCACAAAUGGAAACAUUGGGGGGGAAACGGACUGCAAGGCAUGGACAGUAUGAUCCUAGAAGCACAACAGGACCUCCAGUGGUUGUCACUUAGAUAAUGUAAAAACAGAGACCCGUCACCACUCAUCGUAGCCACGGAGAGAGAAAAUGGGUCUGUGUAGGGGGGAGGGGUGGGAGCUGAUAGCCCCAGAGUGUGUCUAGAUCCCUCCACGGACUUCCAGGUCUGUCCUUGUGUUUGCUCAUGUGGGAUGUUUACUACGGAUGUAUGUGUGUGGGGGGCCAAUGCUUUCUGCUAUCUGCCAUCUAUAGUUAAAAGGAAAUAGUUCACAUUCUGGCAUCAUCUGUGGGAUCAACUGAUAUAUUGUCUGUCCAAACAUUUCAAACAGACUUUCUUCUCCCUUUGUUUGUCACAAUUUCAUUGACCUGUUUGAAAUUCUCCACAAAAAGGGCCUUGAUAAAUGUCAUAACUGUGAUGCGCCUUACACAGAGGCUUACAUUUGUGAAGAGUUAUAUUAAGGUGUGGCUUUGACUAAUCUAAGCACCUUCUCUGUAACCUGUGCCCUGUUUGUUGUAUCUAGAAAUGGUGAUCAGAUUCCACAGCAAAAAAAAAAAAGAUAGUAUAGCCUCAAAAAGCCACUGAUGUUUUUAAAGUCAGUCAGUUUGCCGCUAUUUAUUAAAGAACCUUUUUGGAAA